AUGGUGCUGUCAUUGACUCUUUCUCGAAUGGAUUUACCAAAUGCACCUGGACCAAUUAGUCAGGGCCAGACGUACUUUUCGGUCUCAUUUCAAGGCAAGGAUUACUACGCCGAGUUUGCCAAAAAGAACUACACCAUAGUUCAGAACAACACUGCCCUCAGAAAUUUUCCAACUGGUCCAAAACGCUUGCCUGGUCUCAACGAGAUGACCGUCAAAGCUCUCGAAAUUCUUCACACUCGUCAUCAGCCAGAUGGUCUCUUCCUCAUGUCCGAAGUCGCCAGCAUUGACAAGCAAAUGCACACUCUCGCUUACGAUCGUGCAUUGGACCUCGAGUCCCUUGACGAGUUGGAUGACACCCUCGUUCUCGUCACCGUAGAUCACGGCCAUGGUUUUGACGUUAUGGGGAAUGUCAACACCCACUUUCUCCACGCCCAGAAGGAUGACCGUGACAAAUGA